GCUACCAUAGCAACAUUAUUUUAGAAAGAAACAAAAAUCAUUCACUAAUUUCACCAACAAUGGCGAGUAUUCGUGGUGUUGCUCUCUGCCUAGUUAGCUUUCAAUUCCUUGUUUGUGUGAUUGAAGGGAUUCCAAUUACUAUCACAAACAAUUGUCCAUACACUGUAUGGCCAGGAUCCCAAGCUAACCAAGAUAGUUCACAGCUACCAAAAACUGGUUUUGAAUUGUCAUCCCAAAAAUCCGAGUCAGUCGACGUUCCAGCCAAAUGGUCCGGAAAGUUUUGGGCCAGGACAGGAUGUUCGAACAAUAACGGAGUGUUCUCCUGCGCCACUGCAGACUGUGGCAACCACGUUGAAUGCAGUGGUGCUGGAGAAGCCACGCCAGCAUCUUUGAUGGAAUUUACGGUAGACACAAACGGUGAUCACGAUACUUACGAUGUUAGCAAUGUUGAUGGAUUUAACAUUCCUUCUUCGAUUACCCCACAAGGUGGCACCGGAACUUGUAAAGUUGCAAGUUGUCCGGCCAACAUCAAUGCUGCUUGUCCGAACGACUUGCAAUUUAAAAGUUCUGAUGGAAGUGUUGUCGGUUGUAAGAGCGCUUGUGUGGCUUAUGGUAAGCCGGAGUAUUGUUGCUCCGGACCUCAACAUAACACAUCACAGACUUGCCCUCCAUCAAAUUACUCCCAAUUCUUCAGCAAACAAUGCCCUAAUGCUUAUAGCUAUGCUUAUGAUGACAAUAAGGGCACUUUCACUUGUUCAAAACCUACUGCUUAUGCUAUCAAAUUAUGUCCAUAAAUUUGUAAUUUGCUUAAUUAAUUCCUAAAUAAGA